GUAUUAUCGAUUCUUUAGUUACAGUAUUCCAAAGGAAAAUUUCUUCUAAUUUAUUUUUCUCAUUGAGUGUGUUUUUACGUCAGGAUGUCUGAUGCAUAUUAUGGUCUUACAACCUUCAGUCCUUCAGGUAAGCUGGUUCAAAUUGAAUAUGCAACUACUGCAGCAAGUAAGGGUGUAACAACGCUUGGAAUUAAGGCAACAGAUGGUAUUGUUAUUGCUGCGAAGAAAAAAACUACAACACCACUUAUUGAUUCUUCAUCCAUACAAAAAAUGUUUGCUUUAGAUGAUCAUGUUGGAUGCACUUACAGUGGAAUGGGGCCGGACAGUCGUGUUCUCAUUGAUUCAGCACGAAAAUCUUGUCAACAGUAUAAGCUUACAUACCACGAACCAAUUCCUGUAAGCCAGCUUGUACGACAGAUCAGUUAUUUGUACCAAGAGUUUACGCAGUCUGGUGGUGUUCGCCCAUUUGGUUGCUCUCUUUUGGUAGCGGGUGUGGAUGCUAACGGCCAUCACCUUUAUCAAAUCGAUCCCAGUGGAACAUUUUGUGCAUGGAAAGCUACCGCUAUAGGGGAAGGAAGCUCUGAUGCAAAGUCUUUUCUUCAAAAACGAUACACCAGUGAUAUGGAAUUGGAAGAUACCAUUCACACUGCACUUUUAACGCUAAAGGAGGGGUUUUCUGGCAAGAUGACUGCAGAGAAUACACAAGUCGGGAGGGUUAUUGAGAAGCGUUUUGAAAUUUUAACUGUAGAUCAGCUACAUGAUUACCUAGACCAAAUUUGAUAUACUUUAAUAGUAUAAAGAGAAAAGCUCUAGUUUAAUUUAAGACUGGCUGUAAAAAUGUCUUGACCUAUAUAUAUAUUAUUGGAAUCAAUCACAAUGUGAAUUUCAUUAAAAAAAAAUAAGAAAAUGACAAA